CGUAUCAAAUCGAAGAAGAAGAUUCAAUUAGGAAGUGUUAUCGUAAUUCCCAGUUAUUGAUCGGAGAAGAUGAGUGCUGUUGCGAUUAACCACUUGUUUGGCUUACCGGAGACGAUCGAGAAGCUAAUUCUCCCGAUUUCCCGUUCCGGCGAAGGUACGGAGAGUCGUGGAGGAGGAGGAAGUAACAAUAAUAUCCCAAUCGACAUUUUGGAAUCUUCCAAAGAAUACAUAUUUUAUCUCGAUAUCCCCGGAAUCUCCAAAUCCGAUAUCCAGGUUACUAUGGAGGAGGAGAGGACUUUGGUGAUAAAGAGUAAUGGGAAGAGGAAGAGAGAUGAUGAUGAGAGUGAAGAAGGAUCUAAGUACAUUAGACUUGAGAGGAGACUUGCUCAGAAUCUGGUUAAGAAGUUCCGGUUACCGGAAGAUGCUGACGUGGCUGCUGUCACGGCUAAAUAUCAAGAAGGGGUUUUGACAGUUGUUGUCAAGAAGCUACCGCCGCAGCCACCGAAACCUAAGACUGUUCAAAUCGCUGUUUCUUAGACGAGCAGUUUCUGUGUUUUGUUCUUGUAUGUUCUUCUCUAGUUUGUAAUUUGUCUGUGUUUGGAUCAUAUAAAAGACUCUGUUUCUUUCAUGCUUUUCAAAGACUAAUGAAUCAUGUGACAGAACUUUGUGUGCUUCUCGUUGAUGCCAUUUUCUUGUUGGCAAAUGAUUAUCUGAUGAAUGAAUAUAACUAAACAAAAUUU